UGAUAGAGACUUCUGAGAGGCUGUACCAUCCUAGAAGGGACAUAAGUAACACCAUUAACAUGCCUGCUGUGGCAUCUGUACCCAAGGAGCUCUAUCUCUGUACUUCACUGAAAGAUCUCAACAAGAAGACAGAAAUAAAACCUGAAAAGACAAGUACCAAGAGUUAUGUGCAGAGUGCUCUUAAGAUUUUCAAGGCAGCAGAGGAAAGCAGAUUGGACCGAGAUGAAGAAAAAGCUUACAUCCUGUAUAUGAAAUAUGUGACCGUUUAUAACUUUAUUAAAAAGAGACCUGAUUUUAAGCAGCAACAGGAUUAUUUUCAUUCAAUUCUUGGACCUACAAAUUUAAAAAAAGCUAUUGAAGAAGCUGAAAGACUCUCAGACAGCCUUAAACUCAGAUAUGAGGAAGCUGAAGUUCGAAAAAAACUUGAAGAGAGGGACCGACAAGAGCUGCAGAAAAAGCAAGAACCAAAAGAUGAUGGAAAGAGUUCAGCCAAAAACAACUCAGAAAGCACAGUGGAUUCCAAAGGAAAAAGCCAAAGGAUUAAUGGUGAGAGGAAGCAUUCACUGGAAAGAAAGGAUCAGCCUGACAGUCUGAGCGGAGCAGUCACAGCUGAGAAACUGUUUGCAAUGAUGUCGGACAAAAAUAUUGAAUUGAUUAUAAUGGAUGCUCGAAGACUGAAGGAUUAUCAGGAAUCCUGUAUUCCAAGAUCUGUCAGUGUUCCAGAAGAAGCUAUCAGUCCUGGAGUUACUGCAAAUUGGAUUGAAGCUAGACUCCCAGAGGAUUCCAGAGAUCCAUGGAAGAGGAGAGGGCACUUUGAUUAUGUUGUACUGCUCGACUGGUUUAGUUCUGCCGAAGACUUAAAGCUAGGAACAACUCUUCAGAGCCUGAAAGAUGCACUUUUUAAGUGGGAAAGCAAAACAGUACUGAAGAAUGAACCUUUAAUUCUCGAAGGAGGUUAUGAAAAUUGGCUCCUUUGUUUUCCCCAGUACACAACAAAUGCUAAAGUAACUCCACCUCAGCAUAGUAGGAGUGAGGCAGUGACUGUUUCUUUGGAUUUUACUUACCCAUCUCUGGAAGAGCCAGCUCCUGUUCCACCUGUUGCCAUUAAGCCAUCUCCAACAGAAGUGAUUGAAAAUGAAGAACCAGGAGAUAAUUUGGAAGAGAGACUAAAAUCACUUAACAGACCAAAUGUACAGGAUGCUGCUGUUCCACAAUCUGACAGUUCUCUUGUAGUUAAUCCAGUAUCGAUUACAAGAAGUAUCCCUGAGGUUGAUCGUACUAAAAAGCCUUCACUAAAAAUCCCUGAUGAGAACAGACCAAAAUCUGAAAGUAGAGUUAGUGACAGCCAACCUGUUGAGAAUGGACGAAUAGUUCCAGAUCGGUCCACAAAGCCCCUACAUGACGCAAAGAGCAUUCUGACAGAAGAAGAAAAAAGUCACGUGCACGCAGAAACUGCUGCUUUGUUAGAGAAAAACAGACGGGAAAAAGAACUUCGGGAGAGGCAACAAGAAGAACAGAAAGCGUUACUCAAGCGAGAAAAAGAAGCACAGGAACAAAAAGCAAAAGAAGAACAGAAAGAAAAGCUACAGCAAACCAAAGAGGACAGAGAGCAGAAGGAGAAGGAUGAGCAAAUGAAAAGAGAACAGGAGGAAAAGGAACAAGAGCGAGCACGCAGAGAAGCAGCAAUAGAAGCAAAAAAGCAAAAUAAAAAUGAACUAGAAAGCAUUGGUGCAAAAAGGAUUGAGAUUGACAAAGUAUCUAUGGAAGAAAGAGAAAAGGGAAUCCGAACACCAGAAACACAGAGGCGUACACUGGGUGAUGCAUCUCAGCCCUUUGUGACUGCUUCAGGCAAGGUUAGUGAAAAAGAGAAAAUCAUCACCAAAUGUGGAGUAACUACUCAGGAUGAUUUGUGA